UUGUUGUGCUAUGGCUGUUUCUGGUGAAAGUUCUACAAAGAUUUGCUUGUUUUGCUGCAUUGAAUAGAGAAUUAUCGUGCGAUGACGUAAAAAAUUGCUUGGAAGCAGAAUUAUUAGUCAUCAAGAAUCUGCCAGGAAAACAAUGUGGCAAAGGUGAACCUGGAACACCAGGAAAAAAUGGACCUGCAGGUUCCCCGGGCAAAAAGGGAGAUAAAGGCAACAAAGGUCCCUCAGGAUCACAAGGAGCGAAAGGAGAUUUGGGACUGAAGGGACCUAUUGGUGCUCCUGGAAUGCCAGGAUAUCCAGGACAAAAAGGAGAGAGAGGUAGUCCAGGUCUAGAUGGCCCUAUUGGACCUAUCGGACCUCCUGGAAAAUCAGGAAAUCAAGGAUCUAAAGGAAAUGUAGGCCAAAGGGGACGUCCAGGACUUGAUGGUCCUCCAGGAAGAGAUGGUGCUGUUGGACCACGUGGAGCUCCUGGAGCGCCAGGAUCUGUUGGUUCACCAGGAAAGGAUGGCCCCCUUGGACCUAUUGGUGCUCCUGGAGUGCCAGGAUAUCCAGGACAAAAAGGAGACAGAGGUAUACCAGGUCUAGAUGGUCCCGUUGGACCUAUUGGAUCUCCUGGCAAAACAGGAAAUCAAGGAUCUAAAGGAGAUGUAGGCGAAAUUGGUUUUCCAGGACUUGACGGUUCUCCAGGAAGUGUAGGUGCCGUCGGACCCAUUGGCCCACCUGGGCAACCAGGAAUUCCAGGACAAAAGGGCGAUUUAGGUAUCAAAGGGGAGUCUGGUUCCAAAGGAGAGAAGGGACAACCUGGAAAAAAUGGAAUAAAAGGUGAAAAUGGUUAUCCAGGACUUGAUGGCCGUCCAGGUUUAGACGGGUCUAUUGGUAUUCCAGGACUGAUUGGAAAAUCGGGUAGUCCAGGUCUGAAAGGUGAUAUGGGUCCUCCGGGUCCAAAAGGAAAUGUGGGUGAAAAAGGUGAAAGAGGCCCUAAAGGAACCAAGGGAGAUAAGGGUGAACUUAUGAAUUAUCCAUCAGUAGACCCGGUGUGGGAUUUCUAGGAAGGAUUAAGAUAAGCCAUUUCAUCUUAAAUGAAAUUUCGAUAAAGUAUAUAUUUUUUUUAAACUGAAGAACCGAAAGUAGUUCUCUUU